AUGCAAGCUGCAUUUAGGGGUAGAAAGAAUGCCCCCACUCAAAAUGUAUUAGCUGCAGUUAGCUUUGACCUCAAAUUUGUGUAUGUGUUGGCUGGGUGGGAGGGAUCAACACAUGAUGCCACAAUACUAGCUGAUGCAUUACAGAGAACUGAUGGGUUAAGGGUUCCUCCAGGCAAAUUAUACUUAGUAGAUGCCGGAUAUGCAUGUCGGCCUGGAUUUCUUCCUCCAUACCGAGGUACUAGGUAUCAUCUCAAAGAAUAUGGGAAUAGGAACUACCCAACCACCCCUAAGGAGCUCUUCAAUUUGAGGCACUCUAGUUUAAGAGUGACUGUAGAGAGGGCUUUUGGAUGUUUGAAGAAUCGCUUUCGCAUAAUAGACACCAACAAGCCAUUCCACCCCUUGAAGACACAAAUCAAGUUAGUCCUUGCAUGUUGUAUAUUACACAACUGGAUCCUAAGUUUUGGGGAUGAUGAGAUAAUCCCUGAAGAGUUCUCCUGGAUUCCAAAUGAAACCAACACUCAGCCCCCUCCUGGUACUGAAGACAAUGUUGCCUGGGUAAUGAAAAGGGAUGAAUGGGCUAACCACAUGUGGGCUAAUAGGGGACUUUCAAGGAUCUAG